AUGAUCAUGGUUGUAGUUGAUAGGUUUUCUAAAAGAGCCCAUUUCAUCGCCGCUCAAAUAUCCUUAGGAUCGGUCGGUACGUUAGACUUAUUUUAUCGGUUUAUUUUUGCUUAUCAUGGUUUUCCAAGAACGAUUGUUUCAGAUAGAGAUAUUAGAUUCACCAGCUCGUUUUACAAAGAAGUGACAGAAAGACUAGGCAUCAAAUUAUUACUAUCUUCCUCUAAUCAUCCACAAACAGAUGGUCAGACGGAAAGCGUUAACAAAACCUUAGGUCGGUUACUAAGAAGUUACUGUUCACAAGAUCAAGAUAAUUGGGACCAUUUUCUUCCUCAGGUUGAAUUCGUUUACAAUUCGACGUUCCAACGUUCUAUUCAAGCUUCACCAUUUGAAGUAGAUUUAGGUUACAUACCCAACGAACCAUUACUAGACAUUGGUAAUGAACUGUCGGCGCGAAAUCUAUCCGCUGUUGACUUAUCAAAAACCAUCAAGGCGAUUUCUCUAAGAACUACAGAUUUCCUCAAGCGAUCACAAGAGGAUAGUUAA